AUGGCUAAACGUAAAGUAUAUGAAGAAAAUGAACGUAAAGUGUUAGAAAUCGCUUGUAAAAAGGAGAAAGUCAAAUUUUUGUUGUCCAAUAUGAAGGGAAAAUUCAAGCAAAUAAUAUCUGAUAGUAAGUUAUUAACACAACCGUUUCCUAGAGAUUAUUUUCAGCUCGACGAGAAGUUCAGCGUAUUACCCGUAAAAGAAAAACGGUCUGAAGCUAAAAAGUUACGUUUGAAUUUGGAGUUGGAAUACGAAAAGAGCCUGUUAGGUCUACAACAAGUCAAUUAUUUUGUUGAUCGAAGCAUAAUACCGAAAUUAAAAGUCGAGGGAAUUUUAGAAGACAAAUUUGUGAAAACAUUGGUAAACCGCGAAUCGCAUCGAAGCAUAUUCCAUGGUUUAUUGGACGAAUUAUUGUCUAAAAAGCAUCCGAAACAACAGCAACAGAAAUCGUCGAUCGCAAAUAUGGAACCCGACGUGGUUCAAAAACCGAACGAAACCGAAAUGUUUCUCCGGAGAGUGGAUAAAAUAUACUCGUCCUUACCCCCGGCGAUUCAACGCGCCAUAGAAAAAUUAAGAAACCGUGUGAAUUUCGAAAAAAAUAUAGCAACGACUAUCGAAAACAUACGUCAAGAAAAACUCACGUGUUUUGCUACCGACGACGAGUCCUCGUUGAAGAACCAUAAGGAAUCUUCCGACCUGCUUGGCGAACAAACGAUUUCAAUGGAAGAUAAAUUUGAAGCGUACAUGUACGUCAUAGACAAGAUGGAUAACUCGAUAUCGGCUUUCAACGAAAUGGUUGUUCAUCUGAGAGAAUGGAAAAUGAGUGUGAUACGCGAUUAUAAACAGUUCAACUUGGACAUUGCAUUGAUAAACCAUGAACUGAACGAUCCAAAAAUAAUGACUCCGUCAGAUUUUCCUGUUCAGCUGUUAGACGAAGCCUUUACCUCAAAUUUAAUCGACCAUUUCGAACCGACCUGCCGUUUGGAAUCAACGCAUUUGUCGCCGGAUCGAGAAGUAACUAAAUCGAGCCAAUCGCAGCGGACGCAAUCGAAUUUGAUCCAGUUGCUGGAUAAAGAGCAAUUAAAAUACAGGCACGCGUGUUUGCACGAGUCUAUGUUGCGGAAAGUCAACGUGUUCGAUGAACAGAUUUCGACGGCGGAGAAGAUGCGUAAAGACCAGCUGCUCGCCGUUACAUUUAUUGAUUUAUUCGCCCUGUCGCUGAAAGAGGAGAUGAUGAUCCUGAGAGUUUUUGAUUUAAUCGAGGACGAAUACGAGUACGCCACUAGUCUGCAAAUCCUGAAACUGAACAGCAUAGUGGAAAAGAUAAUGUCGUUACGGGAAGACAUACGGUAUUACAGCAAGAAGAUCGACGACGAAAAAUUCGAGCUGGACGAGGUUAUUAAAACGUUCGACGGGGAAAUUCAGAACACGAGUUUUACAAAGUAUCUCUUGAAAAUCUUUAUGAAGAAGUACAAGCCACCCAAAGUGAAAGUCCACCGCACCAACGACGAAUCCAGUUCGUCUUCCUCGUCGGACGAUUCCGAUAGCGAGUCCGAUGGUAAGUCCGAAGAGGAUGCACUCGAAAAUCGGAGUGCAGAAUCGAAUGUGGCGGAAAAUGAAUUCGUUGAGUUCGAUGAGAACGUAAAACCGGAAGAUUUAGAGCAAGAAUUAUACGAAUUGGCUUUUGUGUUGAGGUCGAAACGACAUGGACUCGAACAAUCCAUACUGAAAACAAAAAGUGAAUUGGAGCAAUCGAAUAAAAAAUUAGCCAAUACUUACGAAGAGAUGGACGUCACGAACAAAAAAUUGGAACAGGAAACGGCAGAAUUGAAAACGUACCAGGAUAUGUUCAAUGAAGAACAAAAAACUGUUUAUAACUUGUCCGCGGAGAGAAAAAAAUUAAAGUGCGUUUUGAGCAGUGUCAAAGAGGUCCUCAAGACCGAAAUAUCAAAUAAAUUCAGAUGGGAAACCGAUUGGGGUUUUCUCGACGACAUGGAAAUGGCCAUAAUCGAUACUAUGAUUUUGAAUCAUAAGUCAAAAAUAAAUAUAAACAUGAACACAAACCAACGAAUUGUCAAGGAGUUGCAAAAAGCAAUCGAAGCACUGGAACAGAAAGAGAAGGAAUUGCUGAAAUACCAUAUUUGUAAUACGGAUAGACUGGUCUUCAUGAUGCACGAAAGAAAACAGAAGAUGUUGUCUCUCCAAAGCAGUACAAAUGGAAAAAAAGUUGAAAUGGGCCGCCAAUUAAUAAGAGAAGACUAUUCUUGGUACAAUAGUGUGAACAAAGUAAAUGUCUAG